GGUUGGGGGACGAACACGAGGAACCAAGCUAGAGAGAGAGAGAGAGAGAGAGAGGGACAGAAGGAGGACAGAUCCUUGGGCUGGGAAAUGAUGUCCAGCAAGAUGUCAAAAGAGGUUCCCUUUACAAUAAGAGAUUCAGAUCUAAAGUGUUCACGACAAGGUGAACAUGGUUCUGUGUUCUCUCUUAAUUCUAUGGGAUCAGGAGGUAUGAUGCAGGAGCUUUUCACACAAUCAACAAAUAGAGGACCGGAUGAUCAUCUGCUUGAGUUUUCUGAGGCAUUAAGGACUAUUGAGAAGGCUUUAAGAAAGGUAGCUGAAGAGAAAGCUGCUGCUAGAGAGGAAGCUGCUGAAUGGAAGCGUAAAUAUGAAUUGGAGAGAGCACGCAACUCUGAACUUAUUAUGAAAGGGUUGUCCUCUGAUAGCCUUCACAACUCAAAAUGUGAAUGGUUGACAAAAUCACCUGAUCAAACUGAGGGGCAGAACUCUGAUAAUGGUCAAACUGAAAGAUGUUGUGGGAAGCAUGGGAUAUGUACACAUCAGUUUCUCAGGGACGAGUCUCCUGAAUCUGAUUGUAAAGUUGGUACAAACAAAGUUACCCGCAAGGCAUCGUUCAAACUUGCAUGGGGAUGUAAUGGUGAUAGAAAUGGUCAGCAUAGGCAUGAUAUUGUCUCUUUUGACAAGGGAGAUAUUACAACCGCAGAACGCAGCAGUAAGCAGAUUGCACUGAAGUGGGAGUCACAACCUCAGACUGUAGUUCUGUUGACAAAACCAAAUUCAGUGACUGUUCGUAUCAAGUGCGCUGAAAUGGUCAGAUGGUUGAAAGACAUUAAAAGGUUAGAUGUUAUUGUGGAGCCAAGAGUUAGGAAAGAGCUUCUGGAGGAUAGCGCUUUUUUUGAUUUUGUUCAAACAUGGGAACAUGAUGGUGAACUUUCAGAUUUGCAUAAGAAAGUUGACCUUGUUGUCACACUUGGAGGAGAUGGAACAGUCCUCUGGGCAUCCUCACUAUUCAAGGGUCCAGUUCCUCCACUGGUGUCAUUUUCACUAGGCUCUCUUGGUUUUAUGACGCCAUUUCAAAUCGAGCACUACAAGUAUUCUCUUGAUUCAAUUCUAAAAGGCCCUAUAAGCAUCACAUUGCGACAUCGACUGCAGUGCCAUGUUAUAAGAGAAUCUGCCAAAAACGACCCAGAAACUGAAGGACCCAUUUUAGUUUUAAAUGAGGUCACAAUUGAUCGUGGCAUAUCAUCCUUCCUGACAAACCUUGAGUGCUACUGUGAUGACUCGUUUGUUACUUCUGUACAAGGGGACGGGUUGAUCUUAUCAACAACAUCAGGAAGCACAGCAUAUUCCUUGGCUGCUGGAGGUUCAAUGGUCCAUCCACAGGUUCCUGGCAUACUUUUCACACCAAUAUGCCCCCAUUCAUUGUCAUUCAGGCCUCUAAUAUUACCAGAGUGUGUGACUGUUAGAGUACAAGUGCCAUACAACAGCAGGGGAAGUGCUUGGGCAUCGUUUGAUGGCAAAGACCGUAGGCAGUUAGGUGCAGGUGAUGCACUCAUAUGUAGCAUGGCCCAGUGGCCUGUGCCUACAGCAUGCCAAGUUGAUUCCACAAAUGACUUCUUGCACAGCAUCCAUGAAGGUCUGCACUGGAACCUUAGGAAGAGUCAGUCCUUUGAUGGCCCUCGUGAUUCAUGACGUCUUUAUAUGCUUGUCUCCAUGUAAAUAUAUGAAAGCUAGUCUGUGUUAUUGCUGAUAAAUUCUUGGAUUAUGUGGGGGCCCACAGAGCUGGAAGCUGAUGUUCAUCGCGUAGCCCCAUCCUCAGUGUAAUAGGUUGGUUUCAUUACCUCAAUAUCUGAGAAAAAGUAGUAAAUUUUGUCAUAGCUGUUACUGGAAUAAUCAUUCCUCAAAUUGUUGUAUUUCCAAGCUUAAUUGACAAGCAAGAUCAUUGCCUCA